AUGGCCCUCGCGUCGCGUGCGCUCUCUCUGUCAGCGGCGACGAGUGGGCGACUGUCGCCGCCGCCCUACGCCAGGAAACAUUUCCAGCGCAGGUACCCAAGUAUGGCGGCAAGACGCAAUGUUCGGUACUCACCUCUUCCUUCAGAGGAUGGGGGUGACAACAAUUUUACUAAAGAAGAUGUUGACCUCCGAUACACUUACACUCCAAAAUCCUACAGAAGGAUCCCAUGGAAGUCAAUUGCCCUGGCAUUGUUCCUCCUCCUCCUAGGAACUUCACUUCUCUUUCUUUCUUACUUCAUAUUCACAGGUCACAUGGAGGGUGAUAGUUCUCAGGCAUAUGGUCUCUUGUUCCUGGGUUUCCUUUCCUUUCUUCCUGGUUUCUAUGAGACUCGAGUUGCUUACUAUUCAUGGCGGGGAGCACCAGGGUACACAUUUGCAUCCAUACCCGAUUAUUAG